CCCGGUAUCUCACACCAGAACCAACAACCACCACGCAUGUAUAGCUCUGGCCAUAACCAGCCAUUAAACCAAUAUUUCAUCCUCCCCUUGUCAGUGACUGAUUGUUUGGCUUUCUGUCGUCAUCAUCUCCUCCGACGAUGAAGAGUCUUCGCGCCUGUCUUGCCGUGUUUCUGCUCGGCAUGCCUGUUGCGGUCGUAGGCGAUGCCCAACACCCUCUUCAAGCACCGCUUUCGAUAUCCUCAUCCUCUCUGAUCGAUCUGCACAAAUCACUUGUCGACCGGCCGUCGAUCACAGGCUCCGAAGGAAAUGUGUCUGCGUUUUUAAGAGGCUAUCUCCGGGGAAGGGGGUUCACCGUUGAGACCCAAGUUGUUGCGGACGACCGGGAAAACAUCUUCGCUUACCUGAAUAGCUCACGCCGAACAAGAGUCCUCGUAACGUCGCACAUCGACACCGUCCCCCCUUUCUGGCCGUACGAGAGAAGAGGCGAUGAGAUCUGGGGACGCGGCACCGUGGAUGCGAAAGGCAGCGUGGCGGCCCAGAUCGUGGCUGUCGAAUCUCUCCUCGAAGCGGGCACAAUAAGCGAAGGUGACGCGGCACUCCUCUUCGUCGUCAGCGAGGAGAAAGACGGCCUCGGCAUGCGCGCCGCCAACGACCUCGGCCUGUCGUGGGAAGCGGUCAUCUUCGGAGAGCCGACCGAGCUCAAGCUCGCCAGCGGCCAUAAAGGUGGGAUGGGGUUCACCAUCAGGGCAAAGGGGAAGGCGGGCCAUUCGGGGUAUCCGGAAUCGGGCAGGAACGCCAUCAACAUACUCGUUCGGAGUCUUUCUGCUCUGGGAGAGGUUGUGUUGCCGUGGAGCGAGGAUUACGGAAACACGACAAUAAACGUUGGAAGGAUCGAGGGAGGUGUCGCAGGCAAUGUCAUUGCCGAAGAUGCAGUCGCCACUGUCUCGGUAAGGAUUGCGUCAGGCACCCCCGAGGCGAUCCAAGACUUGAUUAAAACGGCCAUCUACGCGAGCUCUUCGGGUGUAGACAUCGACUUUUCCCGUGGUCUAGGACCUGUUCCCAUAGAUCAUGACAUUGAGGGAUUCGAAACGAUUGUGGUCAAUUACGGGACCGACAUUUCGAAUCUGAAAGGCGAUCACAAGCGAUACCUAUAUGGCCCGGGAAGUAUCCUGGAUGCUCAUUCCGACCAUGAACACUUGAAAAUCUCGGACUUGGAAGCGGCUGUGGAAGGUUACAAAGUUCUCAUUACAGAGUCUCUAAGACGAAGUCAAUGAGCACUGAAUAUCAAACGACAGUUCAUAUGGAACCAUUCUCGUGUGGACUGCUAAUUGCACCUUUAAUCGAACCAUCUUCAUUUCGUGGUUACCCGAGACACACUCUCGGCCUGUGAUGACGUC